AUGCAUACAGAAGGUAAAAUCUGGUUCACACGGUCCUCAUUGUGUAUAAAUAGAAAAGAUGUCUCGAAAUGUUGAAGAAGACGAUCGAUCAACUGGAUCGCAGGAGAAGGUAUUAUAGAGGGGAUUUCCGGCGAGGCGCUCGAAAUCAAACCACCGGAGAAGAUGAGCAGCCAUCGCUGGAGCAGCGACAAGAGCUCUGACCGAGUCACGAAGGACAACGAGAAGAUCAUCAAGAAUCUGGAGAUCGUGGAGAAGAAGAAGACGAAGACGAAGACGCUGCAGCGAUUUGAUCGGCGAUUGGUGAAGUACCAGGAUUUGCCGGAGUAUAUGAAGGACAACGAGUACGUAUUGGACUAUUACCGGUGCGAGUGGCCUGUCAAGCACGCGCUGUUGAGCGUCUUUGCUUGGCACAACGAAACGCUCAACAUCUGGACGCAUUUAGGGGGAUUCCUAAUAUUUGCCGGAUUGACGGUGAUGAGCUUGAUGGAGAAGCCGGAUAUCGGAGGCGGCCUGCUUGGGAGUUGGUCCUGGGCUCCAGUUCCAGGGCCGUUGAUGAACGUCUCCGAUAAUCUAAUCUCGGACUCGCAUUUGAGACACAUUUCAGAGCCAUCUGUUCUGCAUCCAUAUAAAGAGGACGGUUCUUCAAAGACUAUUCCGAAAUGGCCUUGGUUUGUUUUCUUAGCAGGAGCUAUGGGCUGCUUGAUUUCCAGCUCUCUUUCACAUCUUCUUGCUUGCCACUCAAAACGCUUCAACCUUUUCUUCUGGCGCCUAGAUUAUGCAGGCAUUUCCCUUAUGAUAGUCUGUUCCUUCUUUGCUCCCAUUUACUAUGCCUUCUCCUGCAACCCCUAUUCUCGUUUCUUCUAUCUUACAUCCAUAUCUGUACUGGGAAUCCUUGCAAUUAUUACCCUGCUCGCACCUGCUCUCUCUACUUCUCGUUUCCGUUCCUUCAGGGCCUACCUAUUCCUUUGCAUGGCCUUCUCGGGAGUAAUUCCAGCAGCUCAUGCUUUUGCUCUCUACUGGGGCCAUCCACAUAUAUUUGUUGCCCUAGGGUAUGAGCUUGUUAUGGCUGUUUUGUAUGCUGCAGGAGCAGGGUUCUAUGUUAGUCGGAUACCGGAGCGAUGGAAGCCUGGUGCAUUUGAUAUUGCAGGGCACAGCCACCAGAUCUUCCACGUGUUUGUCGUUCUUGGGGCACUUGCACACAGCGCCGCCACUCUGGUUAUUUUGGAUUUUCGUCGGGGAUCGCCAAUCUGUGUGUAUUGACCACUCCACUAUGGUUGUCUAUUGUUGCUCUUGUUGUUGGACUUGCAUGGUUUUAGUUGAAAGGGAGAGCAGUUCAUGACGUUCAUGUAAUUGUAUCAUCUCAUAAAUGUAUCUAAAACUUGUUUAGACUCUGUGCAUUUCCUCUGCA